CCAGCCAGCAUCUUCGUUUAAGUCAUCUUCGUUCACCCCUCUCCGUCUACUUUUUUGACAGUCGGACCGUCCGAAUCGGAUGCAAAUCGCGUAUUUACCUCUCCUCAGUGCGUGGUGGUGGCGUGGAGUUGGUGAGCUUCGACAUGCGCCACAACCAUCUUGUCUCUGUGCAGACGGCUCGCCUCUACUGUCAGAAUCGGCGACUACCUCCCGAGGCCCUGCAGGAAGCCGCCGGUCUUAUUGCCAAAAAUAUUGGUAAUUUCGCCCUCUGGCGGUAUCUCCGAG